GCUGGCUUUCCGAGCGGCGCAUCUGCAAAGCCGGUCGCCUUUUGCAAAGCGGGGCUCUCCCACCCUCCAUCCUCGCCUGCCGGAGUCCGGGGAGGGGGAAGAGAGAUUGGAGCCCGAAGGGUGGGAGCGGGUGGUCCGGCCGGAUAAAGAAGAUCCGAGGCGCUUUGGCUUGGCCGCCGAUCCAAGGAGGAGGCAGCUCCAGCCGUCCCGAGAUGAGAGCCCCGGGCUGCUGUCUGGUGGUGGUGGUGCCGCUCCUGCUGGCCGUGGCUUGGGCGGAAGGAGACGGCAAAGCGGCUAAAGAAGGCGACAGCCCGGGCAAUUUUAUGGAGGACGAGCAAUGGCUGUCUUCCAUCGCCCAGUACAGCGGCAAGAUCAAACACUGGAACCGCUUCCGAGACGAUGACUACAUCAAGAGCUGGGAAGAUAAUCAGCCAGUAGAUGAGGGUCUGGACACCACAAAAGAUCCUUGCCAGAAGAUCAAAUGCAGCCGGCAUAAAGUGUGCAUUGCCCAGGGUUACCAGAGGGCCAUGUGUAUCAGUCGCAAGAAACUGGAGCACCGAAUCAAACAGCCUGCCGUGAAGCUCCAUGGAAACAAGGAGAACUUGUGCAAACCUUGUCACAUGACCCAGCUUGCCUCCGUCUGUGGCUCCGAUGGCCAUACUUACAGCUCUGUGUGUAAACUGGAACAACAGGCCUGCCUGACCAGCAAGCAGCUGACAGUGAAAUGUGAGGGUCAGUGCCCAUGCACAAGUGAACAUAGUCCAACUUCAGCCACGGAUCUCAAGCAAGAAACCUGCACUGGGCAAGACUUAGCAGAUCUGGGCGAUCGACUGCGGGACUGGUUCCAACUGCUGCAUGAGAACGCCAAGCAAAACAGCUCUGGGAGUGUUGGCCUCAAUCCUGUGAAUGCACUGGACAAGAACCUGGUGGCCAGUUGCAAAGACUCCAUCGGCUGGAUGUUUUCCAAGUUGGACACCAACAGUGAUCUUUUCCUGGACCAGGCAGAAUUGGCGGCUAUCAACCUGGACAAGUAUGAGAUCUGCAUUAGGCCUUUCUUCAAUUCCUGUGACACCUACAAAGAUGGCCGUGUCUCCACUGCCGAGUGGUGUUUCUGCUUCUGGAGAGAGAAGCCUCCAUGUCUGACGGAGUUGGAGAGGAUUCAAAUCCAGGAAGCUUCAAAAAAGAAACCUGGAGUCUUCAUUCCAAGCUGUGAUGAGGAUGGAUACUAUCGGAAGAUGCAGUGUGACUCCAGUAGUGGGGAGUGCUGGUGCGUUGAUCAUCUCGGCACAGAGCUGACAGGAACCCGGAUGCAUGGGAAUCCAGAUUGUGACGACAUUGUUGGAUUCUCAGGGGACUUUGGGAGUGGUGUCGGAUGGGAAGAUGAGGAAGAGAAGGAGACGGAAGAAGCCGGCGAGGAAGCUGAAGAAGAAGAAGAGGGAGAAGCAGAUGAUGGAGGCUAUAUUUGGUAGAAGUCACCAAGGGGCACUGUUUGGCCAGGAUGCAGGCUGUAGGGCUGGGAGGUAGCAGUCAACACUGAAUGGAGAGGAACAACUGUACAAGUUGAUCAGGAAACACAGUUGAAUGUAACUAACUAUGGCAGAAUGUGGGAGUGCGUGUAUGUGUGAAUGUAUGUACACUUGCCUGGGUGGGUCCAUCCUCUUUAUCUGGCUGUGGAGAUCAUCUCUUUCUUCCCAGCUUAUCAGAAAUCAAAGCUAUAGCCGAGUAGAAGGGGAGGGUGGGGAAGUACUCUGCACUGUAGGUUCCAGAGAAUCUUUUGUUAAUAUUACAUUUUUUUUUUAAAAAAAUUAAUGACCAGUGACACAUUUCAGUUCCUAGCCAGGCUCAAAAGAUAUGAAAAGCACCUGUCUCCUUCAUCGCUUUGGUUAUGGUGCCCAGCAAAUAUCCUGCAGUAUAUGUCCUGUCCAAAUGCUUGCCAAGCAAUCUGCCAACCAUUUGUGAGUCCUCAUCGUGGUGGAUCACCAGAAUUUGCCUAACAGGGUCAGAAAUCAGGAACAAUCCACACUCCUGUGACUAGACAUUUAGAUCUAGGACCGUAUUGAAGAGGGACAGCUGAGGUAUUGCUAUUUACAAACAGAGUUCCGCAGCGGUCAUUUCUUAGAUAGGUUUCCAAACUCUUGGAAACGUUCCCCUGGAAGAUUGAACAUCCAUGCACUGAGUUAAUGUACGAUCACCUUUACUGGACUUCUGCUUCCUGGUUAGGAGAGCUUUCAAAUGUGUCUGUCUUUGCUUCUAAUGUAGUUGGUGUUGCUAGCUAGCGCUGUAGAAUAAAGGGCUUUACAGUCAUCCCAAUGGAAAAGCAAGGAGUUCUGGGACAGAGAUUGCUGAGAACAUCAGUUAAAAGAAUAAAGUAAUUAGUAAUCAGCAGACUAGAUACAGCAACUGCAAGAAAUGGUUUCCCAUGACGAAAGGUAUGAUAAAGAUAGGUAUCUCAGUAACUUUGUUAUUAUAUUGCUCUGUGCCUUGGGUGUCGGAAAUCUGUAUCUAACUGGAACUCAUUGUUCUCCUCCUACGUUCUGCAGUACAAGUCUUUACCUUCACAACAUAGGAGAAGAAAGCUAUUAGGCAUCACCUACAGGAAUAAAUAGAAAAUUGCAUUAUCCAUUUUU